CCUUCCGCCCUCCCGACCAUCCUUUGCCGCGCGUGCGCAGCGUGGCGGGCUGCUUGGCCUCCACCUGCGAAGGUACCGUGCGCGCGAGGAGGAGGAGGAGGAAGGGGAGGCGCACGCGCGUCAGAAAUUUCCCUCCCUCCGAGCUCGCCGUUCCGACCGGGGCCCCCUUCUCCCGCCCCGGCAUGGGACGCUGCUGCGGCGGCGGCGGCCCCUCCCUCGCUGGCCGGGCUCUCCCUGAAACCCGCUCGCCUCUGCAGGGCCUGUAGGGGGAGAGGCCGAAGGGAGACCACGAGACACCCCCCCAUGCUCCACCUGCCCCCCCUCUCUCAGCCCCUGGUCAUGAGGAGAAACUCCCGCCUUCAGUGACCGCCACUGCUGCCGCUGUCGCCAUGGCUCAGGCCGAGAAAAUGGAGCUGGAUCUGGAGCUGCCGCCGGCCGGGAGCGACGGGGGUGGCCUGAGGCGCUCCAAUAGCGCCCCCCUCAUCCAUGGACUUAGUGAUAAUUCACAGGUUUUUCAGCCUUACGUCUUGCGAACCCGCAGAAACAGCACAACAGUUAUGAACCGGCACAGCAUGCUGGUGUCAUCAUCCCCAAUACGUAUCCCUAGCAGCCGGCUCCAUCAGAUCAGAAGGGAGGAAGGAGUGGAUUUGAUGAACAGAGAAACCGCACAUGAAAGGGAAGUGCAAACAGCAAUGCAGAUAAGCCAGUCAUGGGAGGAAAGCUUGAGCCUGAGUGACAACGACUUGGACAAAUCUGAGAAAUCUUCAUCUCCAAAGAGGAUAGAUUUCAUUCCCGUUUCUCCAGCACCUUCACCUACAAGGGGAAUAGGAAAGCAAUGUUUUUCACCAUCCUUGCAAAUGUUCGUGAGUAGUAAUGGAUUGCCUCCAAGCCCCAUUCCCAGUCCCACAAGGAGAUUUUCAAAUAGGAGAAGCCAGAGUCCAAUCAACUGCAUCAGGCCCAGUGUUCUUGGUCCCAUUAAAAGAAAAGGUGAGAUGGAAACUGAAAGCCAGCCAAAGAGACUCUUCCAAGGAACCACCAAUAUGCUGUCUCCUGAUGUGACACAUUUGACAGACCUCAGUUCCUGCUUGUCUUCAGAUAUUCUGGAUGGGAGCACAAGCAGCGUGAGCUCAUCAUCCGAUUCACUGGCCAAAGGCAGCACUACUACAGAAUCUCCAGUCGCAUGUUCAAACUCAUGUUCUUCAUUCAUCUUAAUGGAUGACCUUUCACCCAAGUGACUUACCCAGUCACCGAUGUCUGCCUGAGCUGUUACCGUACUGUACAUCAUUCAGAAAUACCCAUGCAAUUAAAUCAUUGAGGACAUGAGGAUUUAAGUACUUUGGGUAUAUUAACAUAACCUUAUUCCUUGGUAUCUUCUACAAGUGAUUUUCAUUAUCCUUCUUAAUGGACAUAUGCUACUGAAGACUGGGUUUACUGAUUUUUUUUAAAUUUUUUUUUUACAGAUAUUUUCUCAGAUUGUACUAACUUGCUUUCACGAAAACUGCAUACACUUUUUUUUUAAAAAAAAAUCCCAAACAAGCACCUAAGUUAUAUUAGUACUAAAACUGUAGAGGAAAAAAACUGUCCACUGUUGCUAUCAUGAUUACUUAUUCUGGAGGUAAGAAUAGUGGUUACAGAGUUGUUAUGUAAUCUUUGAGAUGCAUUUUAAUUUUUUAAUAAAGUAGAUUGCUCUUGAUAUUUGUCUAGGAAGAGUAGAGUACUCCUGAUUAGGCAUAUUUUGGACUACACUUCCCCCACCCCUAAAAAGAAUCAAAUCAAACUAUAGAAUUGUUCCUCAUUUUCCUGUUGCAGCCUCUCCUUUGCUAUCUUUCCCAAAGAAAGGAAAAGAAUUUUAGACUGUCCCUUAUGCUUUGGUUCAGCUGCUUUUACAGUGCUAGGAGCCAAUAAUGCUCCAAUUUAAAAAAAAACUACAAAAUUCUACUAUAGCUCCUUGAUAUUCCCAAUGGGAAGGGGAGAGGGGAAACUUCUUGUGCACAGCUAAUUAACUCCCCUUUUUGGUCUUGAGGAUGCAAAAAAGUAUAGUGGGAGCUGCCACAAGGGCUUAGGGUCACUGGGUUGAAUAGGCUGGGCCCUUGGUGUCUCCUAUGGCAUCGAGAUAUAUUUGUGCCUUAGGGGGAUGUGGUUUCAAAAAGGAGGAAUGUAAACUGAGAGGUUGGGUGGGGGAAAGGACUUUCUGUUUGUUUGUUGUCUUGAAAAGAGUACUUGUAUCAGGUGCUAUAGCCCAGUGCUGUUUUUCCUCAGUUGUUUUGUGACAUGCUUGAUCCAGUGGGAGAAGGAGUUCUGUGAGCAGCCGUAACUGUUCUGUGGCUGCAUCACCUUCUAUGUAAUUGGAGCAACCCUUGGGCUCUCCUUUCUGGGAAGGGCAGGCCGAUAGGCAAGUGUUAAUUUUAGAGGAAAGGGGUUUUUUUUUACACUUUUGUUUGGACGUUGGCUCUGCAUAUAGUUGGGCUUUUAAAGAACUUGUGUGAGCUAUGAGAAGUAAACCUGCUGCCAAUACUCUGGUUUAAGUGUGGGGGUACAGCAAAUGACUUCUUACCGAAAGAGUGAACUGGGCUUAAAAAAAGAUCGAUUUGUAAUCUACUGUGUUAUGCUAUUUAUUAUUUAUAACUGUAAAAAAGUCUGGUGAUGAAUUAUAGUAUUUUUUUAUGAUUGAAAAUCUUUUUUAUGUUCUGUGAGUGCUGGCUGGUCUGUAUUUAAUAGGCAACACUGUCUGCCAGAAAUGUACGCUUCCAGUUCUGAAUGUUUGUAAGUAAUUCACAUGCUCUUGUUGUCAAAGUACAAUUUACGAUUUUUUUGUUUUGUUUCAAAGAUUCUAGCACUGAAAUUGAAAUAAGGAAGUGCUAAGCUGUAAAGAGCACCAUCUGGGGUAAUACUUGCCUGGCUAAGUAGGGGAUGGGGAGAAAUUUAGAGUAUUCUGGUUAGAAGGGGGACACUUGGUUUUUCAUAUGUAGAUUUGCUUUUAAGUAUGGGUUGGGGGGGUUCUUUGCAGUUGUAACAAGCACCAGAGUUGGGCCAGUGGUGCUUCUGUUAUCUGUAUUACUAUAUUCAUCUGUGGAGAGUUAGUUUCCCCCAUCUCCAAUAAAUUUGCAUAUUGUAAAUUAUCACCCAGUGGUGCCAUUUUUUU